CUUGGACUCCGCACCACCACCAGGCAGCAUGACACCCCCGCCCUUCCUCGACACGCCCGAGGCGUACACCACGCUCUUCGACAGCGUCGACACCUUCCUCCUCGACUGCGACGGCGUCAUCUACCACGGCCCCGUCGUCGUCCCCGGCGUCAAGCGCGUCCUCAGCCUCAUGCGCGCGCGGGGCAAGAAGAUCAUCUUCGUGACCAACAAUGCGACUAAGAGCAGGAGGAUGUACAAGACUACGUUUGACAAGCUGGGCAUUGAGGCGCACGAGAACGAGAUCUUCGGCUCGGGCUACGCUUCCGCCGUGUACAUGUCCCGCAUCCUCAACUUCCCCGCCGACAAGCGCGUAUACGUCCUCGGCGAGAAGGGCCUCGAGGAGGAGCUCGACAGCGUGGGCAUCAAGCACUGUGGCGGGACGGACCCCGAGGACCGCGUCUUCAUCCCCUCGAUGGACUUCUCGUACUUUACGCCUGACCCGACUGUCGGCGCCGUGCUGUGCGGCUUUGACUCGGGCAUUAACUACAAGAAGCUCGGCAAGGCCUUCUCGUACCUCCGCGACGACCCCAACGUGCACUUCCUCCUCACGAACCAGGACAAGGUGUUCCCCACCCACGGCACAUUCUACCCAGGCUCCGGCUCCCUCUCCGCCCCCCUCGUCUUCGCGCUCCAGGGCAAGCGCGAGCCCACCAUCAUCGGCAAGCCCAACAAGCCCAUGAUGGACGCCAUCAUCGCUGAGCACCAGUUCGACCCUGCCCGCGCGCUCAUGGUCGGCGACAACCUGCUCACUGACAUUGCCUUUGGCAACAACUCGGGUCUGCGUACCCUCCUCGUCAUGGGCGGCGUCACCCAGAAGGAGCAGAUCUACGGCGACAAGCCCAGCGACAUUCUCCCCACGUUUGUCGUCGAGAGCCUCGGUGACCUUGCUGUCCUCGACGGCCAGCCCGCCGAGAAGACUGCCUAAAACGACCCAACCCGGGUUGAUAGAUCUAGAAUACAUGCAUCGUAGAGUUCAGUGCCUA